AUGGCCCUCCCCCCAUCUCUGGACCCUGGACCCCGCUCAGAGCCCCUCAGUCAUCCCCCUGGAGCCCCUAGGAAAUUGGACAUUGCUGAAUGCACCGUCUGCCCUUCUGAAGAGGAAAGAAUCAGGCCAGAACAAGCCCAGACACCGGGGCAGGACUCUUUGUGCCCUUCUGAGCACUUACAGGGUGGGCUGAAGAACACUGAGCCUACAUCUGGUCACCCCAGAUUGCCAAUGCCUUAUUCCCAUGAGGACUCCAUUGGGGGCAAACACCGUGAGAGCCCUCUCUCUGGCUGGGAGGUAUUGGAGGCUGAGCAGGAUCGCCUGCACCUUUGCCUAUUGGGCCUGGGUCGCCGGCUGCAGGACCUAGAGCGAGGCCUGGGGCCCUGGACAUUGGCCCAGAAUGGGAUGGUCCAGCUGCAGACCCUACAGGCAGACCUACGUGGGACAGCUGAGCGUGUAGAUGCACUUCUGACGUUCAGUGAGGGGCUGGCGCAGCGGAGUGAGCCUCAGGCUUGGGCAUCCCUGCAGCAGGUCCUAAGGGCCCUUGGAGCCCACCGAGACAGCAUCUUCUGGCGGUUGUGGCGGUUGCAGGCCCAGCUGGUCAGCUACAGCCUGGUAUUCAAGGAGGCCAACACACUGGAACAGGAUUUGGAGACUGAGGCGGAUUCAGACUGUCCCGGACCUGGUGGGAUCUGGGGGUCCUGGGAACCCAGUAGCCUCCCCACUCCUGCAGAGUUAGAGUGGGACCCGGCAGGGGACAUUGGGGGCUUCGGACCCUUGGGGCAAAAGACAGCCUGGACACCAGGGGCUCCCUGUGAGCUGUGUGGCCACAGGGGCCCCCAGAGCAGGGGACAAGGCCUUGAGGACAUAUUCACGUUGGGUCUCAGCCACCAGAAACACUUAGUAGGUCACCAAAGACUCGCCCUGCUCCAGAAGUCUCAGGACAAGAAGACUCAAGCAUCUUCCAGUCUCCAGGAUGUGAUGCUGGAGGUAGAUCCUGGAGCCCCCACUACGGCAUCCAGGCGGCCCCUGACCUUCCUUCUUCUCUUCCUUCUCUUGGUGGGUUUCACAUUGCUCCUGUCCCAGUCAGGGGGCCCCUGCUGUUCUCCUGCCCCACUGGCCAGGACACCUUACUUGGUGCUCAACUAUGUCAAUGGUCUCCCCCCAAUCUGA